ACGAGUAUGCGCGCGAUCGCGACCGUUAGAAAAUUGCGCCAUUUUUUAGUUGUAACCAAGUUAUUUUCCGAGUGUUACAGUGUUAUGCUAAACAUUUAUGACAUUUUAAGAGGUGGCACGUGUGUAAUUUAGUGGUAGUGUGAAUUCUCAAAGGAGUGACUGCCAUCGGGCGAAAUUCUGAGUACACUUCGUAGAAGUAGUAACUGGAGCUUCGUGCACGAGGCAACAUUUUUACCGGGUUCUUUUGAGAGGAGUACUUUUUUUCUGUAAACAAAAUGUCGGUGGAUACUCUAAGUGAUUCAGAAUUGCGUAGCAAACUGAUGGAAUAUGGAUAUCCAGUGGGUCCGGUAACACAAACCACCAGAAAAAUUCUUGUGAAAAAGCUAAAAACUCUCAUUGAAUCUCGAGGUGGUACAGGGUCACGACAUUCAUUGGCUGCCAGAUACAGCAGUGAGGACACAGAUGAUGACACAAGUUCAACAACAAGUAAAAAGAAUAAACAAACAGUAAGUGCUAGAAGACAAACUCUAGCAAAUCCAAUGCCUCCACCAGCAUCAGGUUUAUCAUCCUCUGAUGUAAGCAUAUCAAAAAGUCCAGUUAAAGAUAAAGUGACACAAUCUGAAUUUAAGGAUCCUAUAGCACCAGAUUAUGAUAGUCCUUCAACCUUUACAACACGUACAGUAACAAAAAGUACGCAUAAAAAAUAUGUAAAAAUGAAUAAAACAUCAAAUAUAACUGAUGGCUUAGAAACUGGUUCAGAUUCAGAUGUUGUUGAAGAAACAACUAAAACAUAUUCUCCAUCUAAGUAUUUAUCAAAUAUUGGAAAAUCUCAUGAUUCUAGAAUCUAUGAACAUAAUGUUUCUGAUCAAGAACAAAUUUCAAAACCAUAUGAUUCAAAAUCAAGAUGUAUUCAUACAAUAAAAGACAACAAAUAUAGUGAAUUACUUUUCGAUCCAAAUCUUUCUCCAAUACAGUCUCCAAAUGAAGAUGUAUUUAUAAAAGACAAUACAAGUCAGAAAGACCUUCUGGCAAAUUAUGAAACACCAUUUUUGUCAGAAUUUACCAGGAGGCUUAGUUCACGAUCAUCUAUAAAUUUACCUUCCACAUCUUUUUCCAAUAUAAAAAGUCCAUCUUCACGCUUUACAUCAAAUAUACCAGAAUUGAAAGAAAAGGAUUCAAAUGGUCACUUUUCUUUAAAAUCACUAUAUUCCUCAUCAAACCCAAGUUCUAGACACACAUCAUCUAUUGAUAGACCUCGGGAAACAGUGAAUAGAAUGUUUAAACCAUCAAAAACAAAUAGGGAAGACGUACGAAAUAACCACAAUAUGGUGUCCGUGAUCUUGGUAGUGGUACUUGCUUUAUUUUUUGGAAUUCUCGCUGUUAUAUACAUGGGACUUGGUGGAAAAACAGAGACCUUUCCAUCACUUUCAACGGAUAGCAACAUACCAUUAUGCUUUCUUGGAGAUGACCUUGAAGCGCCUGGAGUUAACUGCGUAAUGAAAGAAAACGUAGAUUCCGUAUUACAACUAUUGAAACGACUUCAACCAAUUUUAACGAAAAAAGCUGUGUCCAUGAUAUGUGACAAUUCCAGUGAAACUCCUUACUUGACUGAUUCCGAAAUCAUGCAAAUGUUCACGAGUACUAAAGUGACGAGCCUGGAAGUGAAAGAGGAUUUGCAAAACGCACAAUUGCUCGUCAUUAAGAAUCCUAAAUGGGGCAUUUCUCUCAUAGAUAUAAGUGACGAUAAUGGAAACCCUGGUGACUUUCUGGAUUCCUUGGAUAAAUUAUUCUCUACUCGUCUGAAUGGGAAAGUUGGUAUGAUAAUUACAAACCCGGAGUUGCCAAUGCAAUGUCUUAUCAAGAACAAACUUUUCACCAUAUUCUCCUCCCUUCUAAUCGUGUCACUUGGCCUUCUAACAGCUAUAGGAAUGCAGAAAUUAUUCGUUUGGUAUAUAAGGUAUAAGAAAAGUACCGAAAGAGAAGUAUUUAAGCUUGUUAGUGAGAUUAUUAACAUGGUUGAGAUACACCAUCAAAAUGCGGCUAUUGCAAGCCCUGGUGGCACUCCAGAAAGUUUUCUUGCUAUAAAUCAUGUACGUGACAAUCUUAUACCUCCGAAAGAUCGGAAAAAAAUGGCUGGACUUUGGGAAAAAGCAGUGAAAUUUUUGGAUGAAAAUGAAUCUAGAAUUCGAAGAGAAGUGCAACAGGUUGCGGGAGAAGAAUUUCACGUGUGGCGUUGGUUGCCUAAUAAUAGUCUUAGCAAAUCAAACACCCAAAAUUUUGUUCUGAACAAAAAAUCUAAAGUAUGGCAAGGUCAAGCAUUUGAAACAAUGGAAGGUUCUGUUAAUAGUUUGACUUGCUCACCAACACCAUGCUUAAAGAUACGGCAUAUGUUUGAUGCUGAUGUAGAAUUCGAAGAUGAUUGGGAGACAAAGGUACAGGAUGCUAUUCUAGAAAAAUGCGGGGAGGGUGUGAAAAUUCUUCACAUUCGUGUAGAUCGUGGUAGUCGAGAAGGAUGUGUUUACAUGAAAUGUAUGUCACAAGAAGAUGCAGGAAAAGCUUAUAGGGCUUUACAUGGAUGUUGGUUCGAUGGUCAUUUAGUAACUGUAAAGUACCUGAGAUUGGAAAGAUAUCACGAGAGAUUUCCAGAUGCGCGUCGCUGUACAACACCAUUAAAACCAAGUAACAAUCAACGAUUAUCAAUGCAGGCGGAUUACUAG